AUGUGGCGAGCAAGGACGAUGGCGAGCCAAGAGGAGUUCUACCGGACGCAGAUCUUCGGGACAGUGUUCGAGAUCACGAACCGGUAUGCAGACCUGAACCCGGUGGGGAUGGGCGCGUUCGGGCUGGUGUGCUCUGCGGUGGACACGUACACGCAGCAGCCGGUGGCGAUUAAGAAGAUCAUGAAGCCGUUCUCGACGGCGGUGCUGGCGAAGCGGACGUACCGGGAGCUGAAGCUGCUGAAGCACCUGCGGCACGAGAACCUGAUAUGCCUGGAGGAUAUCUUCCUGUCGCCGCUGGAGGACAUCUACUUUGUGACGGAGCUGCAGGGCACGGACCUGCACCGGCUGCUGCAGACGCGGCCGCUGGAGAAGCAGUUUCUGCAGUACUUUCUGUACCAGAUCCUGCGGGGGCUGAAGUACGUGCACUCCGCGGGCGUGAUACACCGCGACCUGAAGCCCAGCAACAUCCUGAUCAACGAGAACUGCGAUCUGAAGAUCUGCGACUUUGGGCUUGCGCGCAUCCAGGACCCGCAGAUGACGGGCUACGUGUCGACGCGCUACUACCGCGCGCCGGAGAUCAUGCUGACAUGGCAGAAGUACAACGUGGAGGUGGACAUCUGGUCCGCGGGCUGCAUAUUUGCGGAAAUGAUCGAGGGCAAGCCGCUGUUCCCGGGCAAGGACCACGUGCACCAGUUCUCGAUCAUUACCGACCUGCUGGGCUCCCCGCCGAAAGAUGUCAUUGACACCAUUUGCUCCGAGAACACCCUGAAGUUUGUGACGUCGCUCCCCCACCGCGAUCCUGUUCCGUUCACAGAGCGUUUCAAGAAUCUGAAACCCGACGCUGUGGAUUUGUUGGAGAAAAUGCUUGUCUUCGACCCCAAAAAGAGAAUCACAGCGGGCGACGCUCUGACUCAUCCCUAUCUGGCGCCCUACCACGAUCCGACUGACGAGCCGGUUGCAGACGCCAAGUUCGAUUGGAACUUCAACGAUGCAGACCUCCCGGUUGACACAUGGCGUGUUAUGAUGUACUCCGAGAUUCUCGAUUUUCACCAGGUACCAGACUCGCAAAUCAAUCCAAACGAUACAUUUGACGAUCAGGUAGCUGCUGCAACCGCCGCUGCCGAGGCUGCCAGGCAACAACAGCAGCAGAAGCAGCAGCAGCAGAAACAGCAGCAGCAACGUCAUCAGGGUGUGGAGCAUGGUGCACAACACGUACAACUGCAACAUGGUGCCAAGCAGCUUUCUGCCGACCCCCUAGUCGGUGACUCCAAUGGCGGAAUUCCUCUAAACGUCUCCGCUGCUAAUGAGACAUUGAAUAACUUUGCAAAUCAGGCUGCACAGUACGCUACGGACUUCGAGUAA